CUUCCUCAAUUACCACGCCCAAGUGCCCAACGCCUCUUCUCCUUCCCCCAUCCUCUCCCACUCCCACCACCCUUCGCUGCAUUUCCGUUCCUUCUUCGUCGCGGCCCAAGCAGCCAAGCCAAGAAAGCCAUUGUGGCCGAGCACCGAGCACGCGGGCACCAAAACCCCACGCUCCGUUCCGCUCCGCUCCAGGUUGUUGGGGUUUUCCCUUCACUUCUUCAAUGGACUAUACCUCUGAUGGAGAUUCUGAGCUCGAAGCUUAUGGCGCCGACACUUACACACUUCUGCUAUCAGGAGAUAUAAAAGUGAUGAUUGAUGAGAGCUUGUACCAAUGCCCCUUUUGUUCAGAUGGAAAGGAUGACUACAACAUACAUGAUCUACUACAACAUGCCUUGGGUGUGGGAGCGGCACAUGACCGGCAAGCAAAAGAGAAGGUAGACCAUCGAGCCCUUGCCAAGCAUUUGAAGGAUGAAUCUGGUAAAUCGCCUAGCCCGCUGCUGCAGCCAUAUGUGAAGGAUCCACAGCCUCCUCAACAUAACAGAGAUGAGCUGUUUGUGUGGCCCUGGAUGGGUAUCGUAGUCAAUGUGCCUCAUGAAUAUGUUGGAAAAAGUGCAAACCGGAUGAAGGAGCAUUUCUCUUGUUUUCAUCCAGUGAAGGUUUAUCAUGUGUACAGUAAAGGUUACCCUACAGGUAAUGCUAUUGUUGAGUUUGGGAAGGACUUCACUGGUUUUAAGAAUGCACGGGCAUUUGACAGUCAAUUUGAGAUGAAAGGGUACGGGAGAAAGGCCUGGAAGGAAAAGGGGCAUGGUGGGCCGGAGCCUUUUGGUUGGAUUGCUAGGGCAGAGGAUUACUAUUCUCCAGGGACAAUAGGGGACAUUCUGAAAAAAAAUGGUGAUCUGAAGACGGCCGAUGGUGUUGGGAUUGAAGAAACAAUUAAAAAUGAGAAGCUUGUUGCCAGUUUAGCUUGUAAAGUUAAUGAAAAGAACAUGCGUUUACAAGCAGUUAAAAGUGAGUGUGAGGAGAGGAUCAUGUCAUACAAAAGAAUGAUGGAGCAGAGGGAACAACAGCUCCAAUCAUACAGCAAAGAAAUCCAAAAGAUGCGAGACCUUUCUGUUAAACACACACAAAAGAUUGCUGAUGAGAACAAGAAGCUCCAUCUGGAUCUCCAGUGUAUGAAGCAUGAGCUCGAUGCAAGGUCCAAACAACUUGAUGAGUUGUCUGUGCAGACUGAUUACGACAGAAGGAACCUUGAACUUGAGAAGCAAAAGAACGCAAUGAGAUCCAACCAUCUUAUGCUGGCAACAUUGGAGGAUCAAAUAGCUGAUGAAAAUGUCCUGAAGCUUGUAGAACAACACAAGAGAGAGAAAGAAACUACUUUAAACAAUAUUAAGAAGUUGAGCGAACAGUUGCAUGAGAAGCAUAGACUUGAACUAGACAUAAAGCACCUGAUGGGAAAAUUGCAAGUGAUAAAGCAGUUGCCUGGCAACGAAGAUUCAGAAUCAGGGAAAAGAAUAGCUAGACUGACAGAGGAGCUUGCUGAAAAGAUUGAGGAGAUGGAUUAUACUGAAACGUACAACCAAGGUCUAGUCAUUCAAGAGAACAAGGUUGCUGUUGAGUUGCAAGAAGCUCGGAAACUGGUGAUAGAUAGUCUACAGCACUUGCCUGGUCCGACCAGUGGCCGAUCAGAUAUAGGCAUCAGGAUGAUUGGUGAGCUUGACUCGGAAGCAUUUUUAAAUGUGUGCAGGCAAAAUUUUCCAGAAGAUCAUGUGAAAGUUAAAAGUGCGGAUCUUUGUAAAAAGUGGGAGAAUGAAAUUAACAAUCCAGAGUGGCAUCCUUUUAUUGUUGCUGUGGUCAAUGGAAAAGAGUUGGAAGUGAUCAGGGAGGAUGACAAGAAGCUCCAGGAACUUAAAAGGGUGUACGGUGAGGAAGCCUAUGCUGCAGUAGCAACGGCCCUGACUGAGCUGAAUGAGCACAGCGGUGGCAGCAGCCGGGUUCCUUUCCCUGAACUGUGGAACUACAAGGAGGGGCGAAAAGCGAAAUCCAAGGAGAUGGUCCAGCAUGUCAUCAAGCUGGUCAAAGCGAGCAAGAAAUGACGCUGGGGUGACAUGAUUGGAUACCAUAGCAAUUAGAUACUGGAGUACUCCGUUUUAUGUUUGUUUUAAGUGUAGUCAAAUGGUCACCUGUUGCCUUUUGGUGAAGUGCCUUUUCUUUCCUGCAGGAAGUGAAAUCUGAAGCGGCUGCUCACUGUCCAUGCAGGCUGCUGGACUUGUUUUAUGUUUGACAUAAAUGUCCUUUUAUCUCAAUAGCAUCCAGCGGUGGUGGUUGCUAUUGACAUAAAAGGACGACUUCUGAACCAUAACCCUGGUUGGUGGGCCCUAUAUCAUAAGUCCUCUCAACUUUUGGAACUGUUAGUGUUCAUGGGAUGCUAACUUAAGUACUGUAUUAGUUCCAUUUGGCUAUGUGAAUGACUAUGUUGUUGACUUGUGGAAAGUAUUUAGUUCUUUUUUAC